UUGAUUAUUAACUUAUCUCAAUUUAUGUAACCUAUGGCUCUUGAUAUAUUUUAAUAUUCAAUGCAGUUGUGUUUCAUAAACACCAAUAACACUCUUCGUGCUAGAGUGUCUCUAAACACCUUCGAACAUGAAUAAACACGCCUCCAAGGACGCCACAGUCGUCAUUCUAUUCAAAACAACGUUCUCAUUUUUGUGGAAAUUCUAUAUCUUCGUAUUUGCGUUCCAGCUGUCUUUGUUAAAACAUGCCACAAGUGUGGCUUUUCGCCUAACGAAAACCCUUUGUUUGUGGUGUAUUUUAAAAUUGUUGGGCGUAUCGAGGUAUUUAGAACAAAUAUCUGGCAGCAGAGGCUCCAGCACAGACGAACAAGAGGGUACCCCAGAGAGCGACAAAUCCAAACCAAAGAAGAGCAGACAGAAGCCGAAGAAGAGUCCAACCAAAGAACCAUCAUUCAGCACCACCUUAACCACCCCCAUUGAAGAAGUCAUAGAAGAAACGAUAAAUGAAGAAGUGAAAAAUAGCGACAGCGCGGAACCGAAAGCCAGUAAGCCGAAAAAACGGAACAAAUCGGCACGGGCUAAGAAGAUUAGCGAAGCCGCAAAACCCAAAACUGCCACAGACGACUCGGACUCGCUUUCGUCGCCGUCCGAAGACUUCGCGUUUCUUCCGGUGAAAGAACGAAGAAAGAAGAGCCCCAAAACGAAAAUCGACGACUUACCCAAGUCGUCAUUAAUAGAACACUACCAACCUAGGCGAAGAAAGCUUGUUGAAACCGUCAAAGACGAGUUCGUGGUUAUCGAAAAACCAGUGAAGAAUCCAGAAAAUCUUGUCCAGAUCGUGAAUAAAGAAAGCGGGAAGAGUGUGUACCUUGAAAACAAAGAAAGUAAGAAAGUUCACGCGAAGAUAUCGUACGCGAGCGUCGCGUCGCAGCGGUUUAACGAAAGCUUGGAGGAGUUGCUUAAAGAAGAACAGUUGAGCCAAAAGAAGGUUUCUUUUAACGAAAACGACAGCAGUCGGGAGGUUGAAGAAACUAGAAAGUUUAUAACUGAAGAAAGAGAGAGCGAAACAACAGUUGGUAACGAAGGCGCCAGCAAAAGUAGUAACGAAGAUUUUGAAGACGCAGAAGCUGUGGUAGAACAGACUGAAAGUCAGCCACAACAGAGUGACAGCGGAGAGAUCAAAAAGGAAGAUUUUGGGGAAGAAACUAUCGCAAAACAACAAAAUCCCGUCGUUGAAAGUAGUUACAGCGAAGAAGUCAAAAACGAAGAACUCGUUCACGAAAUCCAGAGCGAAGAACGACGAUUAGUGGAUUUGCUCGAGGAAGAGGAGAAAGAAAGUGAAGAAAACGUCUUACCGUAUUUUCAAAAUAACCUUCCAGACGAACAAGUUUUUGGGGAUAUACAAACACUAACCCACACUUUAAUCUUGAAUGAACGGGCUGCCAGCCUAGAAGACACAAACCAAUCUUCACUAGAAGAAGACAAAUUUAUUCAAAUUGAAGAAAACCAUUUUAUUGUAAACGGCGAGAAAAGUGAAACCGUCGAAGAACGCGAGCACGAUAAUGAAGAACUCGAUAAAGUAAACGGCGACGAACUUCUAGAAGUUGAAGAAAUCCAACAACGAAAGUUUGUAAAAACCGCACAGUGUGCACCGAAUGGAAACAAUUCGUCUAGUCGAAUCGUAGAAACAGAUGACCCUUCUUCCGUUGAAGAAUUAGAAGCCGCGGUUUACGAAACCCCAUUUCAGGAAGAAUUUGUGUACGUGACUGAAGCAGAGGUGAAAACGAACGGCGAAGAUUUAGAAUUUGAAGAUACGCAAUUAGUGGAAACGAAACCUUUCAAGAUGUCGUCUGGUACUCAGAUUCGUGUUUUCACUCUAAACGAUAAAGAACAUCAAGAUUCUACGUUGUACAGACUCGAGAAGAAUUGGAUUCUUCAGUUCAGACUCGGCCCGUCCUUGUUAGGACGCAAAGUCUCGUUGUAUUGCAAUUAUCCGAAAGAAAACGAGGAAUUCAAGAGGAAUUCGUACAAUCUGUUGAAAUGGUCGCAGGAUGAAGGGUGCAAAUAUUCUGACGAUACGGCUUUGUUGACGGAAAUCACUGUGAAGAUUUCGGGGAGUUUCCACUAUUAUUUCACCUAUGAAGGCGGGGAACGAGAUAAACACCAAGGGUCGGGUUUCUUCCUGGUAGAUCCCAUUCUGAAGUACGGGAACAACGAACAACUUCCGCUGGACGGUAUCCAGUGCCAGACAUUCUUAACUAAAGGUUUGGGACCUUUUGACACCUGGGAAGGUAAACUAAAAGUGGCAAAAGAAUCAGGCUACAACAUGAUACAUUUCACACCAAUUCAGGAACUGGGGGCUUCCAAUUCCUCGUACAGCCUCAGCGAACAACUCAAAGUCAACCCUCUCUUCACCAAACAAACCGGCAAAGAAACAACCUUCCAAGACGUAGAAACCCUCAUAAAAAAAAUCCGCACUGAGUGGAAAAUGGUGUCGAUCUGCGACAUCGUCCUCAACCAUACCGCCAACGAAAGCGAGUGGUUAAAAGACCACCCUGAAGUAACCUACAACUGUGAAAACUGUCCCUAUAUGCGCCCGGCGUACCUCUUAGACGCCGCUCUCCACCAGUUCUCGCUCGACGUCGUCAAAGGUCUCUACGAAGAUAAAGGAAUCCCGGUCGAGGUGAACAGCGAAGAUCACCUCAAAGCCAUCCGCUACCACCUUCACGCCUUCAUCACGACUCUAAAAAUCCACGAACUGAGCACAUGCGACGUCAGUAAAACCGUAGACGAAUUUUUAACCCUCAUACGCAACAAAAUACCGCCGAACCAAGAAAACCCAAACGAGGGUGAAAAGAUGGUCCUCGUUCAAGACCCGCAGUACCGAAGACUUGAGUCUACCGUGGACUUGAACCUCGCCGUGAAACUGUACAACGUGUAUCGGAACGACUGCUUCGACGAGGAAACCAGAAUCAAGAAAUGCAGCGAAGAGUUCAAAAACAAGCUAGAUUCGUUGAAUAAGCGGGUUAUUGAUGAGUUCGACGACCACUUGAAGGCGGCUAUCGACAACGCGAUCGCCGGGAUUAGGUACUUUAGGGUGCAGCACGACGGGCCGAAAAUAAAAGAAGUUUCGGUGAAGAGUCCGCUGGUUGAUCGGUAUUUUACGGAUUAUGGGAGUCCGGGGAGUGUGGAGGAGCACGAAGAGGUUAUGUAUAGUAAGAACGGGAGGUUCUUGAUGGCGCACAACGGGUGGGUGAUGAAUUCAGACCCGUUGCGUAAUUUUGCGGCGCCGGGGUCCAACGUAUACGUCCGAAGGGAGUUGAUAGCGUGGGGUGAUAGCGUCAAGCUAAGGUUUGGGGAAAAACCAGAGGAUUGUCCGUUCUUGUGGCAACACAUGAAGACGUACGUCGAGCUGACGGCGAGGAUUUUUGAUGGGGUGAGGCUUGACAAUUGUCACUCCACCCCGAUUCCGGUGGCCGAAUACCUCCUGGACUGCGCACGAAAAGUCAAACCCGAUUUGUACGUCGUCGCCGAACUCUUCACCAACUCAGAUCUGACUGACAACAUUUUCGUGAAUCGACUUGGAAUAACGUCGCUGAUAAGAGAGGCGAUGUCUGCAUGGGAUUCACACGAGCAAGGUCGUCUGGUGUAUCGAUACGGUGGUUCACCCGUUGGUUCGUUUUACCAACCCAGAAUUCGCCCAUUGGUUCCGUCAAUUGCGCAUGCUCUCUUCCUCGAUUUGACCCACGACAACCCAAGUCCCGUUGAAAAACGUUCUGUUUUUGAUUUGUUGCCCAGCACGGCGUUGGUAAACAUGGCUUGCUGCGCUAGUGGCUCAAACAGGGGCUACGAUGAACUGGUACCCCACCAUAUACACGUGGUGGAUGAAACCAGACAAUAUACAGAGUGGAGCGACGACGAGAAUUUAUCUACAGGAAACGCACGAUACGUUACUAAGAAGUCUGGAAUUAUCGCGGCGAAGAAGGCUUUGAACGACUUACAUUUUCUUUUAGGGGAUGAAGGCUUCAAUCAGGUUUAUGUGGACCAAAUGGACCCUGAUGUAGUCGCAGUGACGCGACACUGCCCGGAAACCCAUCAAAGCUACGUUCUUGUAGCGUUCACGGCUUUCAGUCACCCUCCAGAAGAAGCGGCAAAUCACCAAAGAGGUAUCAGAGCUCUACGUGUAGAGGGCGUUUUGGACGAAAUUGUACUAGAAGCUACUUUGAACCACGUUACCUCAAAAUCUGGUUCGAAGUAUACCAAAACCCAAAACUUUUGUAAAGACGGCAAGUGGAUAAACGGACUCUCCGAAUAUCGAGUAACCGUAAAAGAACAUAUUCAGCCCCAGGACUCCGACUUUUUCGAAAAAGUCAACUCAGGAAACCCGAAUGUAAUACAAUUAAACUUCAAGAAUUUUAAACCCGGUAGUGUGGCUAUCAUUAAGGUUUCUCUGCCUGAAGACAUGACUCAAGCUAUUAAAAACGUGCGCACUUUAAUAAGUCACUUCACACUUAACAAAGAAAACGAAUUGUGGAAAAUCGUCACUAAGAUGGGUUUGGCUGACUUAAACCGAGCUCUGUAUCGGUGCGACCAAGAGGAAAGAGAUGAAGGUCACGGUUUCGACACUUACGAGAUUCCAAACUUUGGUCGCUUGGUGUACGCCGGGUUUCAAGGUUUUAUGUCACUUUUGUCCACCAUCAGACCCAGCAACGACUUGGGACACCCGAUGUGUGCGAAUUUGCGCGACGGCAACUGGAUGAUCGACUACAUCUGGCAACGUUUAAAACUCGACGAAGGCACCAAAUCCCUCGGCCAGUGGUUCGAAGAAAACACAAAAUCCCUGAAAGCCAUCCCGAGAUACCUAGUUCCGUGCUACUUCGACGUGAUCGUGACCGGUGUAUACAUUUUAUUGUACGAACAAAGCUACAACUUGAUGUCAGACUUUGUUAAACAUGGCUCCACGUUCGUGAAAGGUCUAGCCAUGGGCUCGAUCCAGUUCGGCGCUUAUAUAAAGUCAGCUGAUUUACCCGUUUUGUCGCCGACUUUAGCCGAACCCAAACCCCCCCACAGAAAAAGCGACAAAGGCGAAAAGAUCCAAGCUUGCGUCACACUAUCAGCAGGUCUACCCCACUUUUCUGUCGGGUAUAUGCGAAAUUGGGGCCGCGACACCUUCAUCGCUCUAAGAGGGUUGUUUUUGUUGACUGGGCGCUAUCAGGAAGCCCGGUACCACAUUCUAGGCUACGCUGGGUGUCUAAGACACGGAUUGAUACCCAAUUUGCUCGAUGGAGGGCGCAAUUCACGUUUUAACUGCCGCGACGCCAUCUGGUGGUGGCUGCACUGCGUCAAAACCUACACCGAAGACGCCCCCAACGGCCUCUCCAUCCUGACCGACAAAGUCUCCCGCAUCUUCCCCUCCGACGACUCUCCCGCGCAACCUGCGGGCACCCACGACCAGCCUCUUCACGCCGUCAUCCAAGAAGCCCUCAACACCCAUUUCCAAGGUCUCGUCUUCCGCGAGCGCAACGCCGGUAGACAAAUCGACGAACACAUGACUGACGCCGGCUUCAACAACCAAAUCGGAAUCCACCCGGACACAGGUUUCGUUUUCGGGGGUAAUUCGUUCAAUUGUGGCACCUGGAUGGACAAAAUGGGUUCGUCUGAUAAAGCGGGAAUACGUGGUAAGCCGGCAACGCCGCGAGAUGGCUCUGCCAUCGAGCUCAUCGGUCUGUCAAAAUCGGUGAUCACGUGGCUUGCUGGUUUGAGCGCUAAAGGGGCGUACCCGCAUAGUGGAGUCGAGAGGACGGGGAAAAAUGGGGUCGUGACGAAGUGGACGUUCGAGGAAUGGGCCACCAAGAUUCAAAACAACUUCGAGAAGUAUUUUUGGGUGAAUACGACACCGACGGAUGGGGAAAUUCGCCCAGAUCUUGUUAAUAAAAGAGGGAUUUAUAAGGAUUGUUACGGGGCUAGUCAGGAGUGGACUGAUUUUCAGCUGAGGUGUAAUUUCCCGAUUGCUAUGGUGGUGGCGCCGGAAUUAUUCCAACCAGGACACGCUUGGGCUGCGUUGAAGCAAGCCGAGAAGUAUUUGUUAGGGCCACUGGGCAUGAAAACUCUAGACCCGGAGGACUGGGCCUACAACGGAAAUUACGACAAUUCCAACGACUCGGAUAACCGUAAUGUCGCUCAUGGGUUUAACUACCACCAGGGACCGGAGUGGGUGUGGCCUGUCGGUUUUUAUCUACGUGCCAGGCUCCAAUUCGCCGCCGCUAAUGGGGAGCUAGCCAAGACUGUGGCCAAUACGAAGGUCGUCUUAGCGAAGCACUUCGUCGAACUGCAAACGUCAACGUGGCGGGGGCUUCCGGAACUGACGAACAAAGAUGGCGCUUAUUGCAAAGACAGCUCGCGAACGCAAGCGUGGAGCAUGUCGUGCAUUUUAGAAGUUCUUCAUGAUCUGCAAAGGAUCGAGAAGACGCAGCCCUCAAUCAACUGACUUAGUAGAAAAUUUGCUUUAAACGAAAACGUGUCUUACGAGAUUUUUACGCCCGACGCUCGACUAGCGAAAUCUUGCACCAAACGGAGGGAAAAGUUCUUGGAAAUUGUUUACUCUCUUGAAGACGUAAGCGAGUGUCGUAAUAGUUUUGUUUAUAGUGAUUUGUAUUUCAAAAGUAACCGGACUUUAAGUACGUUGUCAGUUAAUCUGAGCGACUACGUUCAGACGUGUAAUGCCUCCUUAAUGUGUAGUUCGAAUGUCGUUGCAGAUUUUCUGCCAUGUUUUAGCGAGUGUUCUGAAUCGUCUCAAAUUUUAAAAUAUUCUCGUGAUGGUAACGCCGUCAAUUUUAAUUUGUACAAAUCGUUUAGUAAUUAUUGUCCAGUGUUUAAGUGUUGUCUGUCUAAUACAAGAAUUGUGUUUUUCGGGGAGUUGUUAUCGCGGCUGUCUCUGCACCACCAACCUGUUAGACGAAAACCGCUAGUUAGUUUAGUUGAUUUAGAUGAAAUAUCACCCGUCGAAGAUGAUAAUCCCAGAAUAACGGACGACUUAAUCGUGAAUCCUGUGGAGAGGCCGCUGUUAGAAAAAAAUAGAUUUAACCCGAUCAUCCUCGACCCUUUGUCGUUAGAAAUCAUACAAAAGAAACGAGUUAUAAAUAGAUUAUACGAAACCGAACAAAAGAAACUUGUUCGCAUUACCAUCAUGUACACUCUAGCGUUCUUUGCUCUUGCCCUCACCACGUUUUUUAUUAUAUAUUUAGCUUAAACACUAUUUAUUUGCGUUGUAGGUUUUAUUCGUAAAGGAUAAUGUAUGGUUUUGUAACAAAUAAAAAUUAUUCUGGUAAA